UACUGCACACAACGAAUCAAAGCAGUUUCUUCAUAUCGGGGCCGAAGUAUAUUCAUUGUGUUUCUAUCCUAUAUAGUGGCGUAUACUCACUGUGUAUCUGUCAUAUUUGAAAAUUUUCGCGCAUAGUUUGAAAACGUCUUAGGCGUCCAAGGUUCGAGUCUAUCUGCUCGCGAAGGUAAAUUUUUUUUCUGCAAUGGCUACUCCCGCAACUAAGGUCGCUAAGAAGGCAAAGGCUCCCAGGGCUGCCAAAGCCCCUCCUGCACAUCCUUCCUACAUACAGAUGAUUACAGAGGCAAUUGUUACGCUUAAGGAGAGGACAGGUUCAAGCCAGUCGGCCAUUGCCAAGUUCAUCGGUGAGAAAUACAAGAAAGAUCUCCCUGCUAACUAUGGUAAGAUGCUUCUGGUUCAGCUACGGAAGUUCACCAAAUCUGGCAAGCUUGUUCAGCUGAAGCGGUCCUACAAAUUGUCUGAAACUUUGAAAUCCGCUGCUGUAAAGGCAGCUAAGAAGUCCGCUGCCCCAAAGCCAAAGAAGGCAGAAGGAGAGAAGAAGAAACCGGCCAAGGCGGUCGCCAAGCCCAAGCCCAAGGCCGCAGCACCGGCUGCUUCGGUAGCCAAGCCCAAGCCAAAGGCAAAGGCUCCCGCUAAGCCUGCCGCUAAAGCUGCAGCUAAGCCUAAAGCUAAGCCUGCUGCAAAGAAGGUGGUCGCAAAGAAGCCCGCCGCCAAACCUGCCGCCAAAAAGGCGUCUGUUAAGAAGGCCGUAAAGCCUGCUCCAAAGGUCCCCAAGGUUGAGAAGCCUGCUACUCCUGCGCUUCCAACGCCAAAGAAGCCUGCUCCAGCCCCUGCUAAAAAGGCGGCGACGCCAAAGAAGGCGAAGACUCCCGCAAAGAAGGCCGCUACUCCAAAGAAGGCCGCCACUCCAAAGAAAGCAGCGACUCCCAAGAAAGCUGCAACCCCCGCCCGGAAGACUCCCAAAAGAGGGCCCCCUGCCAAAAAGGCUAAGAAGUGAGAAGGGGGAAACAAUGUUUUUUUCUUCCUCACACAUUUAAUGGUGUUUGUGAACACCACCAUUUACUCAGAAAUUCGUUACAUUGACCCUCGAUAGUUUUAGGGCUGGAUUCUCAUUACUUCUUUGCUAACUUGUUCUUACUCUGUAAUCCCAUGGGGAAAAUCGAUUUCUACUUCAAAGUGACCGACCUUGGAACGCCCUGACUUUGGAAGGAAAUUGUAUUGUACUGUAUUUCGGAUUUGUAUGAAUUAAUUCACAGUUUGUCUGAUCUUUUCA